UGUCAGCAAUCGAUAGUGAAUUUGUUAUCGAGUAUUGGCGACUAAGCUGAGGCCUCUCACCGCCCAGCAACAACAAGCAGGUCCACCCGCAGGCCCGCGUUUACCUCCGCGACGACUCCGCCAACAUCGACUCAACUAGUCACAUUCCCGACAACCAGACCUCUACACUCAUGGCCGAAUCAGGAUCAGCGGCUGCCAAACCGAGCAGCAGUGUGAAGCUCGUGCUUCUGGGUGAAGCGGCCGUAGGAAAGUCGUCGUUGGUGAUGCGAUUCGUAAACAACGACUUCCAAGAGAACAAGGAACCCACGAUAGGAGCCGCCUUCCUGACCCAAAAAUGCAACCUCCCCACCCGCACCAUCAAGUUCGAGAUUUGGGAUACGGCGGGUCAAGAACGCUUCGCCAGCCUGGCUCCCAUGUACUACCGUAACGCGCAGGCCGCGCUCGUCGUCUACGACAUCACCAAGGCAUCCAGCUUGACCAAGGCACAACACUGGGUCGCGGAGUUGCAGAGACAGGCUUCGCCGGGCAUCGUCAUCGCACUUGUCGGAAACAAGGCGGAUUUGGUUGAGGCAGACAACGAAGAGGUCGAGGAGGAGACUCCGGCGACGCAACCGGAGAGCAGCGAAAACGCGCCGGCCGUCGCAACGGAAACUCCUGGCGACCACGAUGUUGAGGGUGAUGGUCCGAGCGGAGAGUUGGAGGCGGAUGCUGACACCACGACGCCACCCGCCCCGGCCCCGGCCCCCGAGGAGACCGAGGAUGAGGAGAACGACGACGCGCGCAAGGUUUCUACCAAGGCUGCCAAGGCAUAUGCGGACGAGGAAAGUCUGCUCUUCUUCGAGACUUCGGCCAAGACGGGUGAGAACGUGACGGAGGUCUUCACGGCCAUUGCCAAUGCCAUCCCUGAGACCAGCCUCAAGGGACCCCGUGGUGUUGGCCAGGGUCUGGGUGGACGGGGUGGCGACGACGGCAGUGCCAGGGUCAACCUGACGAGCGGACAGGCACAGGGUCCCAAGGAAGGCUGCGCAUGUUAGGAGUAGGCUCGGUAUCAGGACAAAACUGCGAGAGUGUAGAUGGCAGGCAACAGGACUGGAGAGGCUGCUGCGCUCACGGCUUCCAACCCAACCCUCACGGGUCCUCACAGGAUGGCGAAUAUGAUUUCUUCUCGUUCUUGCGUCUCGUCAUUAUUUGGCAGGAUAGAUUGCUGUUUGUGAUACAUGGUUGCACGGAUGUGGGACGGUGGGGUGAGCUGCAGUGAAUUCUUCUGUGAUUGCUUUUGAAAGCAGUGAGGAGGAAAUAUCGGUAGUGAUGCAUGCAAUAGAAGUAAUAGCGGCAAGUGCAUAUCCCUGAU